AUGGCGGUCACCGCCGGUAAACUACUCUUCCUCCUCGUGACGGCAAUUUUGGCUUCUUACGCCGCCGUUUCCCACCCUUUUCCUCCGCCUUCUCAGCCGCUUUUGAUUCCUCACACAAUCACAUACCCGCCGUCCCUCUUCGCCACCAUCUUCUCCACCCUCGGUUUCCAAGAAUUGUCCAUAGCCGCCGUCAACGCGAACUUCUCCUUUCCGACUCCGACCACCAUUUUCGCUCCGACGGAUUCUUCCCUCCUUACUUGCCCUGCCUGUUCCCUUCCUCUCUUGAUUCAAGAACAUUCCAUUCCGGGCCUUUACAAUCUCCAUUUCCUCCGCAAUUUGGCCUUCGGGACCAAGAUUGAAACCCUAGCCCCCAAUCGGUGCCUCACCAUUACUGCUUCUCCGACGAAACCUUACGAGCCCAUCGCGAAACGCAAGGUGUUUGUCAAUGGCGUCGAAAUCACUAAGCCAGACCUUUUCAACAAUGGCCUCUUCAUCAUCCAUGGGGUCCACGGCUUUAUGUCUCAUCUCUCGCCCACUUCCUGCGCCGUCGAGAAGAUGACUACUCUCGCCUUUCCGAACCAGCCCCCGGACACGGCGGAGUUCUUGAUUAUGCGGUUCUUGCUGAAAGAGGCCAUGAUGCUUCUUCGGGUCAACGGGUUCGGUCUUUUGGCUCUGGCUAUGCGGGUCAAGUACCCGGAGCUGUCUCAACUCAAGUCCAUGACGAUUUUCGCCUUAGACGAUGCAUCCAUCUUCGCCGGAGGUGGUGGGCACGCUUACGUCACUGAUUUGAUGUUUCACAUUGUGCCCGGGAAGCUCUUGAAGGGGUCCGAUCUGAAGAAUCUGCCGGUGGGUUUCGAGAUUCCGACGAUGGAGCACGGGCAGAAACUGGUGGUGACCACCGCGGGCGGAGCCGGGUUCUUGGCUCCGAUGAAGAUCAAUUACGUCAAGAUUAAGAGCUUUGAUAUUGUGACUAACAAGAGGAUCGUUGUUCAUGCCCUGUCAACUCCAUUUUCCCACGUUCACCGUCCGGCGGUUAACGACGAUAGUUGCAACCAGAACCACGCCGGCGGCGUCUGUGAGAACAGUUCUGGUACAGCCCAGAUGACAGGACGCGAAGGUGAAUAA